AUGGCCGAACAUCAACAUCAACAACUACUACCAUCCCAACAUCAACCGGUAAUCAUCAUCGGCGCUGGUCUUGCGGGUCUGGUGGCCGCGUACGAACUGACUCGCAAAGAUGUCCCCGUGACGAUUGUCGAGCAAGAGAACGAAAAUAACCUCGGUGGCCAGGCCUACUGGUCACUAGGCGGCAUUUUCUGCGUGAAUUCCGCCACACAGCGUAGGUAUGGCGUCCGCGACAGCCAUGCACUGGCCCUGGCAGACUGGAUGAACACUGCCAAGUUCGAUCGUCUACCCAAGCGAAAGCAGAACAGCACAAAAAGCAACCAGCAGCCCAAAACGGGAGGGGACAGCAACAGUAACGACCCCGUGCAAAGUCUCCAAGCUUCAUCCGCCACCAGCAAGGCGGAGAGGGUGCCAAUGGAUGAUGAGAAUGACGAGCGGGACCAGGACCAGGACCAGGACCAAGACUUCUGGGCGCAUCAAUGGGCCGAAGCAUUCGUCGAUUUUGCGACCAACAAAAUGGAACGCUAUCUCCAAGACCGAGGCGUCAAGUUUCUGUCAGUGGGCUGGGCCGAACGGGGAGAUGGUCGUGCAGACGGACAUGGCAACUCGGUGCCCCGAUUUCAUUUGACAUGGGGCACCGGGCCUGAGAUUGUGAGGGCAUUCGCCGAGCCUAUUGUCCGGGCUUCAAAGACACCUAUCUCACCUCCGGGAGGAUCAUCAUCAUCGUCAUGGUGGUGGUCGACCAAGAACAAGGCCCAACCUCAAGAGGAGCAGCAACAGCAACAGGAACAGGAACAGCAGCAGGAGACGCAACCGAAAGCAGACAGCGGCACUCACCACCAACAACACCUCGUAACAUUCCGCUACCGCCACCGCGUCGACUCACUCAUUCUGGACCCUUCAACCGGCGCAGCGGUCGGUGUAUCCGGACAAAUCCUGACACCCACCACACUGGCGCGGGGAGCAGCAUCACCCCGAACGACAGUUGGGCCCUUCUCCAUCCACGGACGAGCAGUGAUCAUCGCAACAGGCGGGAUCGGAGGGAAUCUACCACUCGUUCGACGCAACUGGCCCGUUUCGCGCCUGGGACCAACCAUCCCCGACAGCCACUCUUUCGUGAUCGGGGUCCCAGCACACGUGGACGGACGGAUGCUCGAGAUCGCAUCGGCCGCCGGGGCGCGAUUGACCAACAUGGACCGCAUGUGGCAUUACACUGAAGGCCUGGUGAACUGGGACCCGAUCUGGCCGAACCACGGGAUCCGCGUGAUCCCAGGUCCGUCGUCACUAUGGCUGGACGCCAUGGGAAACCGAUUACCUCCGCCGCUGUAUCCUGGCUGCGACACGCUCGCGACGCUCAAACACAUCUGCGCCACGGGUUAUGGGUACACCUGGUUCAUUUUGAACCGCAAGAUCGUCGCGCGCGAGUUUGCCCUUUCGGGGUCCGAGCAGAACCCGGACGUCACGGGGAAAAGUUACUUGCAGUUUUUUCGGCAGAGGUAUUGGUCCGACAGGGGGACGGAUGCGGUGCAGGCGUUCCUUCAGCAUGGUGAGGAUUUUGUCGUCGAAAACGAUUUGCGUGCGCUGGUCGAGGGCAUGAAUCGACUUAAUGAACGGAAGAGAAAAGAACAUGAACAACAAGAAGAAGAUGGAAAUGACAGUCCCAGGGACGUUCCGGUUCUAGACUACACUCAGAUUCUCACCGCAAUCCAAACCCGCGACAUGCAACUCGACAACAACUACACCAAAGACUCGCAGAUCAUGCUCAUCGCCAACGCGCGCAAACACUGGCCAGAGAAACUUCGAGUUGCGCCCCCUCACAAGAUUCUCGAUCCCGCCGCUGGGCCUUUGAUCGCCGUGCGCAUGAACUUGUUGACGGGCAAAUCCCUUGGUGGUCUGCAGACCAAUUUGGAUGGUAAUGUCAUGACCAACUCGAACCCGAACUCGAACCCGGAGGGUGAGAGUUCAAGUUCGACUCCGAAGGGUUGGGGUGACAGUGAGGGUUCAAAUCAUCUACGUCCCUUCCCAGGUCUCUACGCCGCAGGUGAAGCAGCCGGCUUCGGCGGCGGCGGAAUGCACGGCUACGCGUCUCUCGAAGGCACGUUUCUAGGAGGCUGUAUUUUCUCGGGGUACGUUGCGGGCAGAACGGUGGCCAAGGCUGUUUCGGGCGUUGUCGCUGAGUCGAGGUUGUAA